UCUGAAAAUGUUUGUGUGGCUUCGAUAACAGAACAGGACAGAACAAAAUGUUCAUUCACUUAUGCAUAUUAAAGCACAUCGUAUUAUCAAAUUCACAAUAAGACAGAUGUAGUAAGGUCAAUUUCUUAUCUCCCUUUUUACAUAACAUACAUUUACCUCUCGCCAGUGUUCGUUCACCCAUGAAAGCUCGUGCAAUUGUGGUCAUGUCCAAUCGUUAUUUAGAAUUGAUCCGAUGCAAGAUUUUCAUUCAAACGUACCUGUUGAUUUCAUUAUGAAAUUACUGACCACGCUUGCAUUUGCCGAGACCGUCUAGUGGACGCAAGUCCAUAGUCGUUGUUUUAUUCCAACCUGAACCAUGCCGUUAAAGCGAUGGCUUCAAAGGACUUUACUGGUCGUUGGAUUCAUAUUUCUAUCAGUGGGCUCCCUAAUUUACCGAUCAAUCCUCUACAACGUGCAUGUAUCGACAGUUUACGUGCAGCGGCGCGCGGAGCUGUUUCCUGGAAAUAUCAGCAUAUCUAAUCAGUGCACGUGGGACCUGAAUCGCACAGCUUACGAUUUCGCUGACUACACAUCGCCUGUUCUGACGCUGGUAGCCCGGAUGUUUGCGGAAGUGUACGCGCAGCACGGGAUAAUGACCGUUCUAAGAGAAGGAUCCUUACUUCACGUGUAUCGCCGCCAUAAAGCGGACGCUGACAUGGACACGUGGUUGAUCGUUCCACGUCACAUGACAGUUGCGCAUGCGUACGAGCUUAUUCAAUCAACUAUUCAAAAUAAUACGGAAUUCUCCGAUCUCUUGUUCGAGCAUCAAAAUCAGUACCUCAUGAGUAUUUUCUUUGCCUACAGUGACUGCGCGCGCGUGCGGUUUCGAGGGAAGACAGUGCUAGAUAUUGUCGUGCUUCACGAGACGCUAAUUAAAGACCCGGAUACUCAGGUUCCGUGUUUCGAUCUACUUAAGGGAUGUGUUUUAGACGUCAACGAAGACGUUGUGUCACUUUUAGACUCUAUCAAAGCCGGAACCAUGUUCGGUUACCUCUGUUACUGCAAUUACAUGGGCUCGAGGCUCCUCUGCCCUCAACACGCGACGGAGUAUCUGACCGUCCGCUACGGGAGCUCCUUCCGGACACCUGUUGCUAAGAAAGACUAUGUUUCGCUGCGCGGCGUAAGCUAUGAGCAACCGUUCGACUCAUGGAAGACGGUGUUAUCUAGUGUUCCGAAUGUCUGGAAAAUCAAAAGAUUGUUUGAAGGACCGGACAAGAUCAACACUGAACAACAAGCUCCUGAGAGCUAAUCUGAGGGCUAACAUCAUGUUUUUUUCAUGUUACUCCAAAUGGCGUAAAAAUAUUAAUCUUUGGUAUUUGUUAUGUUUUUACAAAAUAAAGGUAAAUCUUAAAAGCUCUUUAACAAGAUAUGACCCUACUAAAAAGUGAAAAUACUUUUAAAUAAGUGUUAGUAUUUCAGCAAAAACGCUUCAUCAAAAUAUUUCACAAUUGCGAAAAAAAUGUAUAGUGUCUGAGUACUUUUUACGACAUGAAGAGUAUGAUGAAACAUAUUAUAUUUUAGGCCUCCUACGCACAUUUUGGUGCCACCUUAUGUCUUUCAUGUCUUUCAAUUUGAACAUACAUGAAAAUGUUGUUACUACAGAAAAUUCCACAAAUAACCAACACAUGUCGCAAUGAAACUCAGCUUUGACUCCAUCAAAAUUACAAUCUAAAUUCAUUCAUAUUUUGUUUAAUCUAAGACUUCAUUAUAAAUCGGUCGCAAGUCGUGGCUACAUAAAAACGUAGCAAUUCAAAAGGGAUAACACUGAAAAAAGAUCUCUUAAAAUGCAAAUCAUAUAUAUAUAUAACAAGCGUAAAGAUAAAUGCAUUCCUUCACACAAUGCAUUAAUACAUGCAGCAAUGCCAGCAAAUACAUUACAAUAUCCUCCAGCAAGACAAAUAAAUGUUUGAGUACAGUCGAAACUGACCUAACGACCACCUGAGAAUAACGGUCAACUGUCAAUCUGGAUCAUCCCCCCUCCCCCGACGAAAAUCUCUCUUUAUUACACCUGAGAAUAACGGUCACUUUUCCAUAACGACCAACGGCCACUGUAUAUAAAAUGGCGCUGCUUACUUAAUAUCAUAAUUCUGGUUAUUUUUAAUUACUAUAUAUUCAAACGCAAUUUAAUGCAAAUUUAUGAUGUUUUAUAUGUCCAUUGAUGCAUGUUAUACAUUUUAGUACGCUGAUAACGUAAUCCAUUAUAUAUGUAUUUCUAUCACAGGGUAUGCAUAUCAUGUGUAUAUAAUUUCAUAUGUUAUUUAUUUUAGAAUUGAAUACGUCAUGGAUGUUCUUUAAACAAUUCAAUAGCUUUUUUUAGUUCAAUGUAAUAUCAUGAUUUAAAUGAAUUCGUGUGUUAAAACUUAAAUGAAAAUUUACCUAUGAGAGUGUAUGAGUUGUAUUUUAUAACGACUACAUAUGAAGUCUAUGUUAUUUAUUUUAAAUUCUUUCUAUCUUUUUGCUUACCUGUCCGUCUGUGUGUUUUCAAUAUUUAUAUUGGGCUGUGUUUUAGACGUUAUGGAUACCCGCUUACUUCCAGGAAGGAUCUUUCCUUCUAAUUCAUGUAACAAACCUCCAGAACGACAUUUUUUUAGAUGGUUUCGCAUAAUUAAACAUUUAAACAUCAUGUCUAUAUUCUACAUGUGUUCGGGAAAACUGAGAGCGAUUGUCAUGUUUUAUGUCUAGUUUUGUUGAUACAUCGCACUAUAUACAUGCAGAACAUAGCAAUUGUAUAUUUUAGUAAUUGUAUUUUAAGAUUAUUACUAUAGAGUGUGAUAAUAACAAUUUGAAUAUCGAAAAACGGACGUAAUAAACUGAUUUUUAAAGUA